UAAUCAAUCAUUCUAUAAAACACACCUUUUCUCCCAACAACAAAUCACAUCACUUUCUUUUUUCCAUCUCCUACCACUUUCACUUUCUUCAGAACUUUCAAGAUCAUCAAGAAAUUAUGUUGUCAGCAAAGGUCACAUGCAACUCUCAUGGACAAGAUUCAUCGUACUUCCUCGGAUGGGAGGAAUACGAAAAGAAUCCCUACGACGAAGUUAAGAAUCCCAAUGGAAUCAUCCAAAUGGGUCUCGCCGAGAAUCAACUCUCCUUUGAUCUUCUUGAAUCAUGGCUCCAGAAAAACCCAGAGAUCGCAGCUUUCAAGAAACAUAAUAACGAUCAAUCUAUCUUUAAAGAACUUGCUCUCUUUCAAGAUUACCAUGGCCUUCCUGCCUUCAAGAAUGCUUUAGUCCGCUUCAUGUCGGAGAUACGAGGAAACACACUAAUCCCGGCGACGCGGAUUCUCAUUCCGACACCUUACUAUCCAGGGUUUGAUAGAGACCUAAAAUGGAGAACUGGAGCUGAAAUUGUUCCAAUCCAUUGUUCAAGCUUGAAUGGUUUCAGAAUUACAAAACCUGCUCUUGAAGAUGCUUACAAACAAGCAGAAAAACAGAACCUCAAAGUCAAGGGUGUUUUGGUGACAAACCCUUCGAACCCAUUAGGCACGUCGCUGAGCUUGCAUGAGCUCGAUCUACUCGUCAACUUUAUCUCCACGAAAAAUAUCCACCUCAUUAGCGACGAAAUUUACUCAGGUACUGUGUUUAGCUAUCCUAGCUUUACUAGUAUCAUGGAGGUUUUAAAAAACAGAAACCUCAUGAACACUGAAAUCGCGAAAAGAGUCCACAUUGUUUACAGUCUCUCUAAAGAUCUUGGACUCCCUGGUUUUCGAAUUGGAGCUAUUUACUCCAAUGAUGAGCGUGUUGUAUCUGCUGCAACGAAAAUGUCGAGCUUCGGUUUGAUCUCUUCUCAGACUCAGUAUUUAUUGUCGGAGAUCCUUUCUGACAAGAAGUUCACAAAAACGUAUCUUUCUGAGAACCGAAGAAGAUUGAAGCAAAGACAUGAAAAGCUUGUAAAGGGGCUUCAGAAAACAGGGAUUCGGUGUCUUCAAAGCAAUGCUGGUUUGUUUUGUUGGGUGGAUAUGAGGCACCUUUUGAGCUCAGAUACUUUCGAAGGUGAAAUGGAGCUUUGGUUGAAGAUUGUUUAUGAAGUUGGGUUGAACAUUUCACCCGGUUCAUCGUGCCAUUGUAGUGAACCGGGUUGGUUUAGGAUUUGCUUUGCAAACAUGUCGGAGGAAACCCUAGCAGUCGCCAUGCAACGUGUGAAGUCGUUUGUAGAGUCCAUAGUUAAGAAAAAUACUCAGAGUCGUCAUCAACAGUUACUGAAGAGAGAUUCAAGAAGAUCGAAGUCGCUACCCAAAUGGGUUUUUGAACUAUCGUUUGAUCACCAACGGGAAGUGGGUGAUGAACGUUAGGCAUGCGAUGGAUUGAUCGACAUAUAUGUUUGAUUUUCUUUUUAGUUAUUUUCUCGAUGUAUUAAUAUG